GCGCGCCGGGCAGCCGGAGUUCAGUGCUCUGUGGUGGCGGGAGCAGCUGGCUCCGUGAGGUCCGCUCUGCGCUGGGACUCACUGGAGGAUCGGCCACUGGGAGAGAAGAGCCGAGGCCGGAGCUGCGCGUAGUGAGCCCGGCUCUAGCGGCUGCCAGAUCCCGGAGCGGCGCCUUCCCACCGGCGUCGGAGCCGGGCGCGGGGAGGUGCAGCAUGCCCGCGUUCGCGGCUUGAAGACGCCGCGGCCCCGCUCCAGCCAUGGUAGUCCCGGCCUGCGUGCUAGCGUUCUUCUUUGCGGUCGUGGCCGGAGCUACCUCUGAGCCACCCGGCCCGGAGCAGCGAGUUGUGCGGAGACCGGCAGAGGUCCCAGGGCCUGAGCCUAGCCAGCAGGAGCAGGUGGCCUUUGGAAGUGGGGACACCGUGGAGCUAAGCUGCCGUCUGCCUGGAGGUGCCCCCACAGGUCCCACUGUCUGGGCUAAGGAUGGCACAGGGCUGGUGGCCUCCCACCGCAUCUUGGUGGGGCCCCAGAGGCUUCAAGUGCUGAAUGCCUCCCAUGAGGAUGCGGGGGUCUACAGCUGCCAGCAGCGGCUCACUCAGCGUGUGCUGUGCGACUUCAGUGUGCGUAUAACAGAUGCUCCAUCUUCAGGAGAUGACGAAGAUGGGGAGGACGUGGCUGAAGAUACAGGGGCCCCUUACUGGACUCGACCAGAGCGUAUGGAUAAGAAACUGCUGGCUGUGCCAGCUGCAAACACCGUACGCUUCCGCUGCCCGGCUGCUGGCAACCCUACCCCGUCCAUCUCCUGGCUGAAGAACGGCAGAGAAUUCCGAGGGGAGCAUCGCAUAGGGGGCAUCAAGCUUCGGCACCAGCAGUGGAGUCUGGUCAUGGAGAGUGUGGUGCCCUCUGAUCGUGGCAACUAUACCUGUGUGGUAGAGAACAAGUUUGGCAGCAUCCGGCAGACAUACACUCUGGAUGUGCUGGAGCGUUCCCCACACCGGCCCAUCCUGCAGGCCGGGCUGCCCGCCAACCAGACAGCCGUUCUGGGCAGUGACGUGGAGUUCCACUGCAAGGUGUAUAGCGAUGCCCAGCCCCACAUCCAGUGGCUGAAGCACGUGGAAGUCAAUGGCAGCAAAGUGGGCCCUGAUGGCACUCCCUACGUCACUGUACUCAAGUCCUGGAUCAGUGAGAAUGUGGAGGCAGACGCACGCCUCCGCCUGGCCAAUGUGUCGGAGCGGGACGGGGGCGAGUACCUCUGUCGAGCCACCAAUUUCAUAGGCGUGGCUGAGAAGGCCUUUUGGCUGCGUGUUCACGGGCCUCAAGCAGUUGAGGAGGAGCUGAUGGAAGUCAACGAGGCUGGCAGCGUGUACGCAGGCAUCCUCAGCUAUGGGGUGGGAUUCUUCCUCUUCAUCCUGGUGGUGGCAACUGUGACGCUCUGCCGCCUUCGCAGUCCCCCCAAAAAGGGCCUGGGCUCGCCCACCGUGCACAAGGUCUCUCGCUUCCCGCUUAAGCGACAGGUAACAGUAUCCUUGGAAUCCAACUCCUCUAUGAACUCCAACACACCCCUGGUCCGCAUCGCCCGGCUGUCCUCUGGAGAAGGUCCUGUUCUGGCCAAUGUUUCUGAACUUGAGCUGCCUGCUGACCCCAAAUGGGAGCUAUCCAGGACCCGGCUAACACUCGGUAAGCCUCUUGGAGAAGGCUGCUUUGGCCAGGUUGUCAUGGCAGAAGCUAUUGGCAUUGACAAGGACCGGACUGCCAAGCCUGUCACAGUGGCUGUGAAGAUGCUGAAAGAUGAUGCCACUGACAAGGACCUGUCGGACCUGGUGUCUGAGAUGGAGAUGAUGAAGAUGAUUGGGAAGCACAAGAACAUCAUCAACCUGCUGGGGGCCUGCACACAGGGUGGGCCCCUGUACGUGCUGGUGGAGUAUGCAGCCAAGGGCAACUUACGAGAGUUCCUGCGGGCGCGGCGGCCUCCAGGCAUGGACUACUCCUUUGAUGCCUGCAGGCUGCCAGAAGAACAGCUUACUUGCAAGGAUCUAGUGUCCUGUGCCUACCAGGUGGCCCGGGGCAUGGAAUACCUGGCUUCCCAGAAGUGCAUUCACAGAGACUUGGCUGCCAGAAAUGUGCUGGUGACUGAGGACAAUGUGAUGAAGAUUGCAGACUUUGGCCUGGCCCGCGAUGUGCACAAUCUAGACUACUACAAGAAGACCACAAAUGGCCGGCUGCCUGUGAAGUGGAUGGCACCAGAGGCCCUGUUUGACCGAGUCUACACCCACCAGAGUGAUGUCUGGUCGUUUGGGGUCCUUCUCUGGGAGAUUUUCACACUGGGGGGCUCACCAUAUCCUGGCAUCCCAGUGGAAGAGCUCUUCAAGCUAUUGAAAGAGGGCCACCGCAUGGACAAGCCAGCCAACUGCACACAUGACCUGUACAUGAUCAUGCGGGAGUGUUGGCAUGCAGUACCUUCACAGAGGCCCACCUUCAAGCAGCUGGUAGAGGACCUAGAUCGCAUCCUCACUGUUACAUCAACUGAUGAAUACCUGGACCUAUCGGUGCCUUUUGAGCAGUACUCGCCAGGUGGCCAGGAUACUCCUAGCUCCAGCUCCUCAGGAGAUGACUCUGUGUUCACCCAUGACUUGCUGCCCUCAGGUCCACCCAGUAAUGGGGGACCUCAGACGUGAGGGGCCAACAGUCCUACAGACCAAGCCCCAGCCAAUGUUUACGCGGACCCUAGCCCGCCCUGUUACUGCUGGUGUGCAGUGGACGCCAGCCAGCCCAGUGUGAUGGACCAACAGCAGACAGGAAUUCCUGUGUGUGUGUGUGUGUGUGUGUGUGUGUGUGUGUGUGUGUGUGUGUGUGUGUGUGUGUCCGUCCGUCCUUGGCGCAGAGCCCCUUGGGAACAUGCACUGCUGUACAGUGGUCUUCUGACUGGCCAGGGUCAGGAGCACCAAAUGUAGAAUGUAAGAGGGCCCACCCUGUGCAACCCUGGGGUUCUGGCUCCCUCAUUCUUCCCCACUGCCACCUCCCAGGGACCAUUGUAGAGAGGGCUGUACUCCAUGUCCAGGGUGAACCUUGGCCCUUUUGGUGCCCAAAGCUGAGCCUGCAGGGAAGCUCUGCCCUAUGUGGUGAGCCUCUCUCCUACAUGGCACCUUGUGCUUGGUGGUGAGUCACAGCUCUCCACUUCUAGGCCUUCUAUUAAUCACCCUGACCCACAGACUGAAAUUACGGGUACCUGAAGGUGGGAGCCAUAACUUUCAGAAAGGUUUAUUCCAGAAGCAAAUGUACAUUUAUAUAAAUACAUGUCCUGUAUGAUAUAUACAUACAAAUAUAUAUAAAAGAAUAUCUAUAUGGAGGUAGGCAAAGCUGAGGCCCAGAGGAGCAAGAUACCCUAUAGUGCUCACUGGUAAAAUGCCAAGGGCAAGCCAAGAAGCAAGGGGCUUUUCUGGCACUACAGUUUUGUUUGUACCUGGACCUGUAUAUUUGUAAAGCUAUUUAUCAUCCCUCAGAGCCCCAGCCCCACACCCCAGGUUCAUAGUAUUUAGCUCCAGGGUAUUGCAGAAACUUUAAGUUGUAACUUAUUAACAGCUGAAGAGGUUUACGCUGAAUUUCAGGGGUUGCUGAGAAUGUGCAUCUGGCCCCCAGGGCUGGAGGCAGCCCUUGGACCUCAAGCAGCCCUCGAGAGUUAGAGAUGGCUCCAGUGAGCAGUUUUUAUUUCCUUUGGCCCUCUUUCAUGGGGGAUUAGAUUUAUAUAGGACCUUCUUUAGGAGAUUAAAAAAAAACUUCAAGGUGACUGGUAUUUUCAUACAGAUUAUUCUAAUAUGUAUUUUAGGCAGAAGCCUGUGCCCAUGGAGGGGCCAGCCCUGCCUGAAGGUUCAGAUGUUAAUAGAUGUUACAAGUUUAUAUCUAUAUCUAUAUAUAAUUUAUUGAGUCUUUAUAAGUUGUAUUUGCUGUAGGCUUAACACUUCCUAUGCAGUGCUUCUAGACUUUAUAGCCUAGACUGCUACCUUUCAAAGCUUGGGAGUAAGAGUGGUGGAUUCAGUUUUGUUACUUUUUGCACUGUUACUGGGCCCUAGACUUGGGUGGCUGUCCCUUGCCUAUUAGCCAGCAGGGCCAGGACAGUGGCUCAGGGUGACUUUUUUUUAGGGCCCAGCACAGUUUGUCAUCCCACACUGGCAGAUGUGAUUUUAACAUAGCCAACUUUUUUUCUGGAAAAUAAAGUGAGAACUGGC